GCUUCAUUAUCCAUCAUUCUCUACUUCAGCAUGGCUAGCAGCCAUUUUUUCCUACUUGUUUUAGUUCUCUGUGUUUUCUCUUCAGUUUCUGCUGAUGUGUUUGUGAGCCUUGAUUGUGGAUCAUCAGAAACGUACACAGACGAAAAUUCAAUAGUCUGGUUAGGAGAUGAAGAUUAUAUAAGCAAUGGAAAAUCCUACGUUGUAAAAUCCAGCAACUCAUUAUCUCAUGUAAUGGACACUCUUAGAGUUUUCACUAGCAGAAACAAGAAUUGCUACCUCAUUAAAGUCGAAAAAGGCGUUCGAGUUUUAAUUCGAGCGAGCUUUAACUAUGGAAAUUACGAUGGAAAAUCUUCACCUCCAUCAUUUUCACUUCAAUUUGAUGGGAAUAAGGCCAAUGUCAAAACUAGUGACCAACUUGUUUAUUACGAGACAAUUUAUGUUGUUAAAGGGGAUUACCUUAGUGUCUGUCUUGCUCAGACUGUGGCUGAUCAGUUUCCUUUUAUCUCAGCACUUGAAGUUCGUAGUUUGGAUUCUAAUAUGUAUAGUCAUGUUGAUUCCAAUUAUGCUUUGUUCUUGAACAGAAGAGUUGCUUAUGGUUCCAAUCAAACUAUCAGGUACAUAGAUGAUCCUUAUGACAGAAUAUGGGUGCCAGGAAUUCCUGGAAAUGGACUAAUAUCAGUCUCAAACGAAGCCACAAACAUUGAUACAACUCAAGUAGAUCAUCCUCCACAACAAGUGCUACAAAAUGCUAUUUCUACAAUCAAUUCAUCCAAUUUCAUAACUUUAAACAUGAAAUUUCUUCCCUUUGAAGUUCCAAUUUACAUGAACAUGUAUUUUUCUGAAGUGACUCAACUUGACUCAAACCAAACAAGAUCCUUCAGAAUUUUGAAAGAUAUUGAGCCUUUUUCAGACCCUAUUUUACCACCAUAUGGAAAUUUUACUCAAUUGUUUGUUAGUAAUCUUACUGUUACACCAAACACUACUUUUUCUCUUGUCCCUACUCCUGAUUCAACACUUCCUCCUCUUAUCAAUGCCUUGGAAUUAUUCAUCAUUAGUGAUGUGUUGACUGAUGGAACAAACAGUCAAGAUGUGGAGAGCUUAGUAUCACUGCAAGAUGAAUUUGAGGUAUUACAAGAAUGGAAUGGUGAUCCUUGUCUUCCAACAUCCUUUACUUGGGAUUGGGUUAAUUGUAGCAGUGAUGGUCCACCUCGCAUAACAGCACUGUACUUGAGUGGCUUCAAUCUUUCAGGAUCACUUCCAGAUCUUAGUUCCAUGGAUGCUCUUCAGACAAUUGAUUUGAGUGGCAACAAUUUGGAUGGACCUAUUCCUGAUUUCCUUGGCACCUUACCAAAUCUUAAAGAACUGAAUUUGGCAAAUAACCAGUUCAGUGGAUCAAUACCUGCCUCAUUGUCAAACAAAAAUGGAUUAAACAUAGAUAUUUCAGGCAAUUCAGAUUUGUGCAGUCAAUCUGAUGAGUCUUGCCAGACCACUACUGAUUCAUCAUCAGGAGGAAAUCAGCCAACAACUCGAUCCGCUAAAUCGCCAAAGAAGAAGAAGAAGAAGAAAAACAAAUUGCCUAUAAUUCUUGGCACUACAAUUCCAGCCUUCUUCCUCAUUUGGGCUAUUGUGGGCGUCAUUGCUAUUUUAAACUAUAAUAGUAAAAAGGCUACAGCGUCUGCAGCUAUCACCCCAGGGAAAACUAGUGGAGGCAACAGCCCUUAUGUAGAAGCACAAGGAAAUAAUGUCGAUAAUGUUCAAAUGGCUGACCAGUAUGAGAACUCAACAAAUGUCUAGCUUUACUUUGUCUUUAUUUUACAAGGAGAAAAAAAAUGAAAAGGAAUUAACUAUCUUAGAAAAAUUAUAUUUAUUGUGUUGGUAAUUGUAAGAAAAUAAUGCAUGUAAAAUUUAAGGUUUAAUUUGUUGUAAGGUUCUUCCAAUGAUUCAACACUGGUGUAUUUUCAAGUAAAUUUAUUUAAAUCUUCAAUUUUCUAA